AGCGGUGAUUAUAGAGUAGUGUUUUUCAAUUAAAAGCAGCCUGGACAUAAAAGAUAGUCCGCUUAAGUUCGUUCUUCAGAAAUGAAAACGUUUUUUAAAGUUUGUAUUUUUGAUACACGUCUGUUUUUUUUAGGUCGCUUGGGUUAUUAGCACUAACGGCUAAUUAAAUCCCUACCACAGUGUGACUGCUCCAUUUGGUGGGACCGCAUAUCGAUGACGGAAGAUAUCAGCCAAGAAGGAAAUUAUUAACCAAUUUUUAGAAAAGCUGAAAAUGAAAGCAGGCGCUCGGGCGAACAACAGCCUCCAGGCUGGCUUCGGUCUUCUUUGGGUUCUGCUUUGACUUGCUUUUUGAGUUGUUUCUGGUUCUCGCUGUCAAAAUGAGAGGUUCCGUUCGCGUGCGUCGAAAUAAUAAAGACUCAGAAUAAAUUAAACUCAGAAAGGUGGUUCGGCGCUGACUAAGGUCCAGACCGCAGCUGGAAGGAGACGUCGCGGUUUGUUUGUUUGUUUGAUGGGGCGGCCCGGGAUCGUGACAUGAACUUCAUGAAGACGGACGUCAGCAGCUCCACGGCUCGGAAACUGGAGCGACAUUGGAUCCGCAUGCGGGACGCGGACCCGUUCGCGCUGUUUUCACGUUGCUCAUAAACUCGGACAUGUUUGGAUACUUGAAUCAACAACAUUCCGUUUGACGGUUUCUGCCUGAGGUGGAGCUGAACGGCGGGAACGUGUCUCCCGCCACCGCAUGGCAGCUGUUGUGUCCACAUUUAACCAGUGACCAGCCGGGAAUCGAACUGCAGUUGUUGAGUUUGCGGUCGUCCACAACACCAUGGCACCAGAUUUGUUGCUACUCCUGGCGGUCAUGGGGGCUUCAUGUGGCCUCGGACAGGCCAUGACUCCAGAGGAGAAGCAGAGGUUGAGGAACCAAGUGGUGGAGAUGUUCGACCACGCCUAUCAGAACUACAUGGACCACGCGUACCCGGCUGACGAGUUGAUGCCCCUCACCUGCAGAGGUCGAGUUCGUGGACGUGAACCCAGCCGAGGAGACGUCGAUGAUGCUCUUGGCAAGUUUUCUCUGACCCUCAUAGACACCUUGGAUACUUUGGUUCUCCUGAAUAAGACGACCGAGUUUGAGGCGGCGGUCAGAAGAGUCCUGUCAGACGUGCGGCUGGACAAUGACAUCGUCGUUUCUGUCUUUGAAACCAACAUUCGCGUCCUUGGAGGAUUGCUGGGAGGUCACUCCAUGGCUGUGAUGCUGAAGGAAGGAGGCCAGCACAUGCAGUGGUACCAGGAUGAGCUCCUGCAUAUGGCCAAAGACCUGGGCCUCAGACUCCUGCCGGCGUUUAACACCAGCAGUGGCCUGCCUUAUCCCAGGGUUAACCUAAGACACGGCGUGAGGGGUCCUGAGACGCGGACGGGCACAGAGACGGACACCUGCACGGCGUGUGCCGGGACCAUCAUCCUGGAGUUCGCUGCUUUAAGUCGCUUCACCGGGGACUCCAUAUUUGAGAAUCACGCCAGGAGAGCCAUGGACUUCCUUUGGGAGAAGAGGCAGAGAAACAGCAACCUGGUGGGAACCACCAUAAACAUCCACUCAGGAGAGUGGGUCAGAAGAGACAGCGGAGUGGGAGCGGGAAUCGACUCGUACUACGAAUACCUGCUGAAGGCCUACGUCCUCCUGGGAGAUGACCUGUUUCUGCAGCGCUUCAACAUUCACUAUGCGUCCAUCAUGAAGUACAUCAGCCAGCCUCCUCUGCUGCUGGACGUCCACAUCCACAAACCGCUGCUUCCUGCUCGGACCUGGAUGGAUUCUCUGCUGGCCUUCUUCCCCGGACUGCAGGUGUUGAAGGGAGACAUCCGACCUGCUAUUGAGACUCAUGAGAUGUUAUACCAAGUUACCAAAAAACACAACUUCCUCCCAGAGGCCUUCACCACUGACUUCAGGGUUCACUGGGCCCAGCACCCCCUAAGGCCUGAGUUUGCAGAGAGCACAUACUUCCUUUUUAAGGCCACCGGAGACCCGUACUACCUGGAGGCGGGCCGCACCAUCCUGGACAACCUGAACCGCUUCGCCCGCGUCCCCUGUGGCUUUGCUGCCAUGAAGGAUGUUCGCACUGGGAGCCACGAGGACCGGAUGGACUCCUUCUUCCUUGCUGAGAUGUUCAAAUAUCUCUUCCUGCUGUUUGCUGAGCCCCAGGAUCUCCCCUUUGAUGUGGAAGAUUACAUCUUCACGACGGAGGCCCACCUCCUGCCUCUGUCUCUGUCCACGGCGCCUCUGUCCUCCGUCGUCCCCUCCAACAGAACGUCGGAGGAGGAGCUCGAUGACUCCAACUUUGAUUGGACGUGUCCAAACACGCGUCUCCUGUUUCCUGACCCCGCCUUCCCUCGUAACCUAAGAGAACCGAUCCGUAGUGUCAUCGACAAGAGUUGCCCUCGCCCCGCCCCUCAUCGGGAGCCGGGGAUGGGCCAUCCUCCUCUCAGAGCUCAGGACUUCAUGGCAAACAACCCCGAACAUCUGGAGCUGCUGAGGAGGAUGGGGGUCAGCCUGAUCCACCUGAAGGAUGGCAGAGUGCAGCUGGUCCAGCAUGCUUCACAGGCGGUGAGCUCGGUGGCAGCAGAGGAUGGUGUACGUUUCAUGCAGGAGAUGAUGGAGCUGUCCAGCCAGCAGCAAAAAGAGCAGCUUCCUCCUAGAGCCAUUCAGAUAAUCUCGCACCCGUUCUUCGGCAGGGUGGUUCUCACUGCAGGCCCGGCACAGUUUGGCACAGACCUGUCCAAAAGCUCCACCGGGGUUCGCGGCUUCAUCACUGUGGCUGAACCUUACAGCGGCUGCUCUGAGAUCACAAACGCCGAGUACGUCCGGGGCCACAUCGCUCUGCUGCAGAGGGGCCAGUGCAUGUUCGCAGAGAAGGCCCGGCACAUCCAGAAGGCCGGAGCCAUCGGAGGCAUCGUCAUCGAUGACAACGAGGGCAGCAGCAGCGACACGGCGCCCCUCUUUCAGAUGGCCGGAGACGGCCGCAGCACGGAUGACAUCACCAUGCCGCUGCUGUUUCUGUUCCACAAGGAGGGGAACAUCCUUCUGGAGGCGCUGAAGGAGUACAGGCAGGUGGAGGUGCUGCUGAGCGAUAAAGCCAGGGACAGAGACGCCAUAUUCAAAGGUAAACCUCUUCCUGGCAGUCUGAUGGAGGCCAGUGCAGAUGUGCAGGAUGCAGAGGAGAACUGUCAAAGUGAGGCUACAAGCCCCGCCUCCUCUGAACCUGUUGGUCAGACCCAGUCAGGCUCAGUGGAGCUGGAAGAAAAAGCUCCUGAGGAAGUUUCUUCUGCACAGAAGGAAGUGGGCAGUGGUCCCGCAGAGGAAGCAAGUUUGCCCCAAGAGGAAGUUAGUCCUGUAGAUCCACCAGCUGACACGGCUCAGCCCGAAGACGACAGGGAUUCCAACCAGCCCGAAGGUGGGCCGGACUCGAGCAGGCAGUCGGUGGAUGAACUGCUGGCUGAUUGGCAGGAAGACUUGGAGGCGUUCAAGCAGAUGGAAAAGGACGAGCUCUGACAGCCAUUGUGCCCUGGGAUGUUGGUUUUACCCUGCUGGGAGGACAGGCUUGGGAGAGAUGUGUUUUCCCAAAAUUCCAUUCUGCAUUUGAUGAGCGUGGCAUUGCUGACAUGAAGCCACCAUGACGGUUUCUUCCCUCUGUUCUCUGUCAGGGGGACAGAAGAAGCCAGCGUACCUGGAUCCCCGGGACCUAAAUCUGUUCUUGGAGUGGCGAGGAUGGAUAAAAGACCCGCUGCGUUAACGGGCCUUCUCGUACACUUCCUGUUUUCUUCUCACUCAUACCAAACUUAUGACGAUAGCUUACAUUCUGAUCAUUUCUGUGCGUUUCUAAAUUCUUAUACUCCAUUGGCGGAUCACAUUCUUUCUCUGAUUAAUUAAUUGACCAACUGAUUUUGCUAAAAUGCAACAAUCGUCGUGAUGAUAAAUUUAGUAUUUUAAUGGUUUGGGGACUGUUGGUAUGUAAACAUGAGAAUCAGGUGGUCGUUCAUUUGGGGAUUCGUUUAACAAACUAUCCUUUUCAUGGGCAAAUUGAAUUUGUUUAGAAGAUGGAUUGAAAUAAAUGUAUUUAUGUAUAUGUACAGAUGAUAAAGUUCUUUUUUGCUCAGGUUCCGGUUCCCACAUCAAGCAGGUUUUGGAUCAGACACGUCCUGCGUCCGCCACAGGGGGGCGCUGUAUGACCUGUUUAUGAUGCUAACCUGUAACAAAGUCAACAAGUUUACAGAAUGAGAAUCAAUAAAGUUUAAAAAAAAGAGAAA